AUGCCAGCCUUACUUGCAAACCCCUCCACAUCCACCGCCGACCAGGAGGCGGCGCUUGUGCUCUCAGAACUGCCCGGCUCCUACGGGUCUAUUCUUCUCGGAACAUUUGGUGGCCUUCUCCUUUAUGGGCUGAGUGUACACCAGACCUACCGAUACAUGCGUUCCUUCUCAAAAGAUGCGGUGUACAUCAGAUGGCUGGUCAUAUCUGUCAUGAUAUUGGAGACUCUACAUCUCAUCGCGACUAUGCAUACUUGUUACUUCUACCUGGUGCAGAAUUACUUCGCUCCGCUUGUACUUCUAAACGGUGUCUGGUCAUUGGAUAGUCUUCCUCUCCUUUCUGGUAUCCUCAUCAUCAUCUCUCAGAUAUUUUUCGUGAGACGCGCCUCCUUAAUCGGGUCUCGAGAGCGUAUUGUAGCCGUUGUAGUGGCUAUAUGCCUCGCCGGCGAGUUUGGAUUCACCAUCGCUGCUGUGAUUAGGGCAUUCAUUCCUCCCGCAAAGAGAGCCGUCAGGUUGCUCAGCACCGCUGGACUUGGCAUGGCUUCCGCCGCUGAUCUCGCACUCACUCUGAUCCUCUUCAUCGCCAUUUGGCGGAAUCGAAAAGGGGGUGCCCGGCCACAAUCUGAAUCUGCUGCUGAUGCGGUGCAGCUGUAUGUAAUCAAUACUGGGGCAGCGACGAGCUUGUUCAACGUCCUCGCUUUCAUUACCGCGUUGACGCUUUCAAUCGACUCGCUUGUGUGGGUCAGCUUAAACAUCAUUACCACCCGCCUGUACGCCAACUCGCUGCUUGCGGUACUCAACUCCCGGGAACUCCGAGGGAUGGAGUUCUUCGUCAGCGAAGGCCAGUCUGUAACGCUUGUUGGUCCUCAAUUCGAGGACCCCGCCAACCUCUGGAAUGCCCCCAAGGCUCGAAGCUCGUCGCAGUCAUCAGCAUUUGACUUCCAGGUGACCCUAGAGAAACAGACAUAG